AUGCCGCCGGUGUGGCCCUAAAAGGACAAAAAAAAGACAAAAAAAAAAAGAAAGAAAAUGGGGGUUCUUAUACCUCUUCCUUCAUAAGAUUGCAUAAGAAAUGAAAUGCACAUACAAGGCUUAAUACAACGCCUAGUACAGAGUAGACACUUAAAUGGUACCUUCUCUGAUGAUAAGUCCUGGAUGCAUGCUGGAAGAUUUGCAUCCACAUUGCUUUUUAAAAAUUUAUUUUAAACAUUUUUAAAAUGUUUGCUUACUUAGUUUUUGUUUUAUUGAAGUGUAGUUGAUUUACAGUGUUGUGUCAGUUUCAGGUACACUCACUCACACGUACAUGUGACUCACUUACAUGUAUUCAUCUAUUCUCUUCCAGAUUCUUUUCCCUUCCAAGUUAUUACAAGAUACUGAGGGCAGUUCCCUGUGCUGUACCCAUAGGUCCCUGGUGGACUCACAUUUCUACUCUGCUGUAGGGAAUUAACUUCUCUUCUCUGUUCUCUUGAUUGUCUAACAAGGUAAGGAGCCACAUCUUGGCCUCUGGGCAGUUGGGUGAAUGAAACAGACAAUGCAGGCAGGCCUCCCCUGUCCGAGCUUAAGUGAGACACCAGUGUGACACUGCCUUCCAGAGCUCCACGUGCUCUGCAAACACUGGGACAAAGCCCUAAGUGUUUGCUGAUUGAUCCGAAUAAAGAUGUCUGAUAGAGCCUGCAAACUGGGGCACUGCUAAUAGGAAGAAGCAAGGCUGAGCAGACCUGGGGCCUGCUCAUGAGCUCUCUGAGGGCUCCCUGGAGCUCCCAGGAGGGCUGUGCCUUCACCUUACUUCACCCCUUCCCCUCUUGUCCUCUGCUGGGACAGCAGACCUGAGAGCCAGCAGCUCCCCUCACAAGCUGUAGGCUUCCUGGCAGCAACACAGAAGCAUCCUGAUUCUGACAUGAGACAGAUGCUCACUGCUCUGGAGUCGUGUCUUUGGUGGCUGGGGAACAUUCUCUCUGGUUUCAUUUUUAUUUAAUUAAAGAAUGGUUGCAGGGUUUGAGUUCCUGCCCAGGAAGCAUGGCACUUUGUCCAGCAUACCAGAGGGCUCUGACUGCUCACCCAUGGAAAGUACAGGUCUUGACCCCUGGGUCCCUGAUGGGCUGUGGCUUUGUGGGCCCUAUAGUUGGAGGCUGGUACAAGGUUUCGGACUGGCUCAUCCCUCGCGCCACCAAGGUGGAUGCACUAAAGAUGUUGCUACUGGAUCAGGGGGUGGGGGUGGGGUUUACCCCGUGUUUUCUAGGCUGUUUCCUCUCACUGGUAGGGACACUGAAUGGACUUUACCGGGACAAUUGGGCCAAACUCCAGCGGGAUUAUCCUGAUGCCUUCAUCACCAACUACUACCUCUGGCCUGCUGCGCAGUUAGCCAACUUCUGCCUGGUCCCUCUUCAUUGCAGGUUGGCUGUUGUCCAGUGCGUUGCUGUUAUCUGGAACUCCUUCCUCUCCUGGAAGGCCCAUCGGCUCUAAGCCUGCUACCUCCCUCCAUCAUUUCUGUCUUGCAGUCAUACAGCUUGACCCUGGGAGGGUCAGACCACCUCCUUAAAGUGGGUGCAUCGGUUUUCACAGGGUUUGGUGGCUGGGCAGAACUUAAUGGAGGUAGUGCUCUGAAGUGGCCCAUUUCACUCUCAAAUGUAACCUGACUCCUGUGAAAUCACAAAACCUUUGUAAUGGUUUUAUAUCCACUGCAUAGUAGGCAGUCCAUAAAUAUUUAUUGAACUAUAUGGUUUUGUCAACUUUAGUUUAUACCCAUAUCCCAGUAAAUGUCACUCAUUCCCACUUUUCAUGGACACAUCUGUUUUCCUAACUCUUCCCAGCCCUAGUACAGAUCUAGUUUUGGAGGGACCACCCCUGUGAACCCUUUAUAUGCUUACGAAAUAGAUAAUCUAGAACCUGCAGAAACAAUAAGACCCAGCAAAGAACUACUGGGAGCCACAUUUUCUAGAGCUUGGAAAGAAGCCUGGAGACCACCAAGCUCAAUCUGCUUUUACAGAUGAGGACACUGAGGCCCGUAGAAGUGAGGCGACCUGUCCAUGCUGAGUUAGUGGCAGCGUAGAAACUUGAACCCAUGAGGUACAGUCCAAAUGUCUGUAUACUCCCCAAGUUCAUACGGUGAAAUCCUAAUGCCCAAGGUUAUGGUAUUAGGAGGUGGGGCCUUUGGGAAGUGGUUCUGUCAGGAGGGCUGAACCCUCAUGGAAUCGGGAUGCUUACAAAAGAGGCUACAUGAGCACAUGGCAAGAAGGUGCCAUCUCUGAGCCAGAAAGCCUGUCCUCACCAGACACCAAACCCAGUGGCACCAUGAUCUUGGACUUCCCAGGUGCCAGAACUGUAAGAAAUAAAUCUUUGUUGCUUAUGGGGGAAAAAAAAAAAAAGGAAUGCUUGAUUGAUUGAUUGAUUUUUAUUUACUUAUUUUUUUGCUUUUUAAGGCCGCAUUCACUGCAUAUGGAGGUUCCCAGACUAGGGGUUCAGUUGGAGGUAUAGGCUCUUGAAACAGACUUUUGAAGGUGCUCCCAGACUUUCAAUUCAAAUUUUCCAUGAUACAGCCAGAGACAAACUUUAUCCAUUAUGGGAAAUAACUUCUUACCGUUUACCUUCAGAACAAUGUUGUGAAAAAGGAAUUUUCAUCUAAAGUGCUCAGCUCAGCGCAGGGUCCACGUUAGAUGCUUGAUGAGUAUUUGUUGACUGAAGGACUCUGCCGCUGGUGGGACCAAAAUGUGAGACAUUAGCGCCAUCUGGUGGGCAUGUGCCGGUCCUGCACAGCCUAAAAAUCUCAGUUGUAAAUGUAUGUUCUUCAGGCCUUGGUUAAAUCUAAGGACACAAUGGGGCACUGUUGUGAGAGGCACUGCCUUGGCUCCUCGGCCUUUCUGGGCCACGUCCCAGUGGGUUCUUGUUUUCUGUUUUUACAAUACAAUGCAGAGUUGUGUUGGGGUUUGUUGUUGUUUUAAUACAGAAAUCAAAGGAAUGAGAAAGGAGUCGAACUGGAGAAUGUUGACAUUUGAAGGGGUCAGGCAGGUAAUGUCAUCUUCUGUCUCUUAAGGGGAUAAGGAGGGUGAGGGCCAGGACGGCGGGCCAGGAUGCGGGAUGGACCAGGCAGGUGCUCACUCCUACCUGCUCCUUGCCACUGACUCUCAAUAGAAGGUGAAAAGCCCCAAACAAGGCUUACAGGGCACCUCUGGAUCAGACCCCUUCUCCUGUUCCCAGCCUCUCCUCUGGGCACUGCUCCCCAUCUCCUUCCCACUUCCCAGGAAACACACUCCACUCCAGCCGAGCUCAACCUUUCAGGCCUCUCGGUUCCCUAGCCUGAAGACAAUUCAUUCCACAGCCGAGAACCGAGUGGGCUCUCCCAGCGCCAGGCGGCGCUGUGCUCCACGCGGGGCUGCAUCCCUGAACCAGACCCACGUUCUGCUUCCUACGCGUGCGUGGUUCCCUGAAUGAGGCCGCCCGCCUGCCGCUCCCCACUGCUCCUGGCUAAGCAACUCUCACACUCCAGCCUUAGCACCUGCAGGGAAGCUGCCCAGCCCCUCCCGCUGGCAUGGAUUGGCUUCUGCUGGGAGCCUCAGAUGCCCCAGGUUUACCCCCAGGUAACUCAGAGGCCCAGGUAAAGGACUUAAAUCAGGGUUCAGUGAUGCUGCAGGGGGAGAUGCUUUGGCUUCCUCAGAACCCCCCUAGCCCGCCCCCCACCCCACGAGCUCUGCCGGUUUCAGGUCCCCGUGAGGGUGAUGGGGACGGCUGAUGAUCUCCUGGAGCCGGGGUGGGGCCAGGGAGGUCGCCUGCAGUGAUUCCAGCACAUUCCUAACAGCUGUCGGAGGACUGCUAAGGUGAUCCAGGUCAGCCCACCUGAGGUCUGUGCCAGCAGCAACCAGUACAGGGGUCCCAGGACUGUUGUGGUCUCUGCACACAGGUGGAAAAAGAAUUUUCCGGAUUCAAAGACAGGUCUAGAAAGGACAAGUUUAUUGAGGCAAGAGACACUGUUAACACAGCUGGCCGAAUUCCUGAUAUUCAGGAAGAGCAUAUCCUGCGCACAUGGUCGUGUGUUUAUAUAGCCCAGAGACAAAGGAGUGCCAGGAGAGGUUUUGCCAUUCACCUGUUGACCUGCUGAUUGGUUGGGGAGGAAUGGGGUCUUCUGAUACAAUUGCUGCUUGGUUGGGGAAGGAUGGUGUCUUGGGAUAUACUUGCUGCUUGGUUGGGGGCGUAUAUUGCCCCAUAGGGGUGGGUAAGGAGGAAGCCACUUACCUUUCCUAGUAGGAGGCAGGAAGGAGUAGGCCAGGUUGCUGGGGUGAGGCGGUCCUUAUGAACAUUGAACAAUUACAGUGAGACAGAAUGAUAAGGGUCUGGUAAUUCUUAUCUCAGCCAGAGGGUUUUUGCGUUUUAUCUUUUUGGAGAGGCUUUAGGAACCACCACUGUGACAUUCUCCCUCGCAGCUCAGAACACCAUCCCCAAUUCAAGGGAGACCCUGAGAGGCGUUGGCUGAACCCCCACUCAAAAGGACACCCUCGUUGAUUGGGGGUGCUGAGAAUCUGUCCUCUGCUCCACCUCCAUUUCCCCCCCCCCACUACCACUGUCACCCCAACAGUCCCACCAGAGCUAAUUACUUAGGCCACAGAUCUCAGGAAGCUGACUCCAUGGCUAAGCAACCCUGCUUUCCCGGUCAUAUAAGCAUCUGGAACAUUCCCAGAUGUGGCCUCAGUAGGCAGCCUGCAGAUUGGGGCAGGGUGUGGGGGGGAGGUGGGGGUGGACAAGGACAAAAUGCAAAGACAAGGCUUCAUUUCCUUCUCUCCCUGCCUUCUCCUCUUUCCCACAAAGAGCCUUGAGGGCAGAUCCAGAAGGAAAAGAAGGGCAAGUUACUCCUUUGCCCCCGCCUCCGCUGGGCUCCUUUGUUCGUUCUCUGGCACAGGCAGUGUUGGGGCUGCAGCUCCUCUAGAAAGGCCAGAAUCACAAUGCCGGGAUCAGCCAACAGCCCUAGAGGAACCUGAGUUUUCCAUUGUGCAUUGAAAUUUCCAUUUGCCUGGGGCUGAGUUUCUCCAUAGACUCAAAGAGAUCAACAAAGGCAGGGGACAAAGCACAAACACGGCCUGGAAGCCAAAAGGCGCCCAUAAAGAUGGAAACAAAUGGGCAUUUCAGGGCACGCAGGCAGUGGCUGUGGGGCAGUGCCCCUUCUCUGACUGGCAGUGCCUGGCCACCGGGACUCCUAACAGUCUUGCUGUUUUGGUGAUGCCAGGUUGUUUCAGACCCACGGCUUGACUGUUUCGGGGUGGGAGUGGGGAGGAUUGUCAGAACAAAGGCUCCCUCAGGAUGACAAAUAUGGCACCUCCUGUAUUUCCUGCUCUGGUUCUUAGCCCACCUGAUGCGGAGGCUCUCUUUCUUAGUAGAGUUUUUUUUCCUUUUCUUUUCAGAGAAGUUCCCAAUCUUAGAUUUUCAUUGUCGUUGUUGUUUUAUGGUACAAAUCCCAGCAAUUCAGAGCUCCUUAGCAUCUUAAGUUAGAUGUUUAAAAACAGUCUAGCUUUGGAGUUCCCUGGCAGCCUAGUGGCUAAGGAUUCAGAGUUGUCGCUGCUGUGGCUCGGGUUCAAAAUCCCUGGCCCUAGAACUUUUGUACGCCAUGGGUGCAGCCCCCCAAUGCCCCCAAAAUAUCCAGUUUUCUCCCUUUAUUUUCUCUGCUAUUUGGUUUAUUUCACUCCGUGUUCCAGUAGAAAGAUAACCGGAGUGUAAAUCAGGAAGGAGGGACCAGGAGUUCUGGUCCCCGCCCCAUAUUCUUCCUGGAACUGUGACUUUGGGCAAGUCAUUUGCCCUCUCUGAACCCAGUUUGGUCACAUUCUGUAAUGGUGUAGAAUCCCUGGGAGGGAGGCAGCACGGCUUGUUUAGGUCACUGUGUCAUCCUGUCACCACUGUUCUGGUUCCCUGUUGGAGAGUUCAUUAUUUAUGCAUUCAUUCACUCAUUCAUCAAAUAUCUCAUUAUGCAGGAAUCCCAACAGGCAUGAAGGUGCAGAAAUGAACCAGACCUGGUCCCUGCCCAUGAACAGGUGUGGUGGAAAGAGCUCUGAGGGGCACAGCCAGGUGCCAGUGCUGCUUAGCUUUGCAAGCUUAGCUAAGUUGUGACAACUUCUCUGAGCCUUACUUUUCUCAUUUGUGUGGGGGGUUAUUGGACAGGGUGACCAGCCAUCCCAGUUUGCCUGAGGCUGGGGAGUUUUCCUGGGACACAGGACUUUCAGAGCUAAAAUCUAGAAAGUUCCGGGCAACCUGGGGUGAGUAGGUCACCUCAAGGAGAGAUGAAUUGAAAUGACACAUAGGUAGGGCCUCGCUGAGUGCCCGGCAUCUAGUGGCUGCUGUAUCGAUGCAACCCUUCUGGGGUCCAUGCGUGCAGAUCAGACACACAGCCACCCCAUCACGUGAUAAAGGGAAAAGAAAAGAUGCAAAUGAAGAAGUACAUUAGAGCUAAGGCAGCACGUGGGAGAGCAGGACUGCUGAGAGGAGCCAGGGGAGGUGGCAGAGGGCAGGAGCUCGAGGCAGGGUGUUGCAGGGUUGGUAGAUCUGAUAGGUGAGGGUGAGGACUGGGCAGGUGCAGCCUAUGCUUGAAAUGUCUGUAAAUUCACACAAGCCGAACAGCCUAGAGCUCUUAAAGGGUGUUCUGUGUGGCUAGAACCAAACAGAGGAGAUGCUAAAGGUAAGUUUGAUUCCUAUCCAAAGGCCCCCUGUGCGAUUCCGAAAAUCUUCAGCAUCAUUUCGAAAGUUUCCAAUCACUUUUGCUGGGGCAUCCUUCUCUGAAAAAAAGGUUGAGGAGUUCCCAUCAUGGCUCAGUGGUUAACAAACCCGACUAGCAUCCAUGAGGACGUGGGUUCGAUCCAUGGCCUCGC